CUCUCUUCACAUAUAAAAACACAAACAACUAGAAACUUCCAAUCUCUAACAGAACCAAGAAAACAAUUAGGGCUCGUGUAGGGUUUAACGUUCAAAACUUUAAACCCUACAGUCUCCAAACUCAGUAACCCAAUACAUCAUCUUCGAAUAAUUCAUAAUCACAAUUACAAAAUCAUUACAAACAAAUGGUUCGCGUCAAGCUCGUUGCUUGGCUUGCUCGCCGCUCCCAUGCCUUUGAUUCUACUAAUUCCGUAUAUAAGGGUUUGUUAAAUGGGAAUCAUAGGAGAUUCAUUUCUGGCUUCUCUAAACCCGUUGGUACUAUUUAUAACUAUAGUUACUCGCCGAAAAACGUUAAUCACAAAAACUGGCUGUUAUUGGGAUCUUUAAAUGCAAAUUUUGGUGCUGCAAGGUCAAUUCAUGGCACUGCCGCUAUGUCUAGAGAUUAUUAUGAUGUACUUGGUAUUAGCAAGAAUGCAAGUGCAUCUGAAAUAAAGAAAGCUUAUUAUGGGCUGGCCAAGAAACUUCAUCCUGAUACUAAUAAAGAUGAUCCUGAAGCUGAGAAGAAAUUUCAAGAAGUUUCAAAGGCUUACGAGGUUUUGAAAGAUGAAGAGAAGCGUUCACAAUAUGAUCAGGUUGGCCAUGAUGCUUUUGAACAAAAUCUUAAUGGAGACUUUUAUCCUGGUGGACAAGGAUUUGACAAUCCAUUUGCUGAUUUUUUCAGAGAUGGGGCAUUCAGCAAUAUAUUUAGGCAGAACCUUCGUGGUCAAGAUGUCCAGGUUGCUAUUGAAAUAUCCUUCAUGGAAGCUGUUCAAGGGUGCACCAAAACUAUCACAUUUCAGACUGAUGUUUCUUGCGAAACUUGUCGUGGAGAAGGUGUUCCUCCUGGGGUAAAACCUCAGAUGUGCAAGCGCUGUAAAGGCACAGGCAUGGUUACACAAAACAAUCUUCUUGGUAUUAUUCAGUUUACUUGCAACCAGUGUGGUGGAACUGGGCAAACUGUGUCGAGCUUUUGCAGGUCAUGCAAUGGACGAAAAGUAGUCAAAGGAUCAAAGUCGGUCAAAUUGGACAUCGAGCCAGGGAUUGAUGACAAUGAAACCAUGAGGCUGCGAAGAAGCGGUGGAGCAGACCCGGAGAAAAUUCAACCUGGUGAUUUGUUAGUAACCAUCAGGGUCCGGGAAGAUCCAGUUUUCAGGAGGGAAGGCUCUAAUAUUCAUGUAGAUUCUGUUUUAAGUGUUACCCAGGCAAUCCUAGGAGGAACCAUACAGGUUCCCACUCUCACGGGAGAUGUUGUUCUCAAGGUCCGUGCUGGCACACAACCUGGCCAGAAGGUAGUUUUGAAGAAAAAAGGAAUCAAAACACGUGGCUCUUACACAUUGGGUGAUCAAUUUGUGCACUUCACAGUGAGCAUUCCAACGACCUUAACGCCAAGACAACGGGAAUUAAUAGAAGAGUUUGCUAAAGAAGAACAAGGUGAAUACCAGAAGCGUGCUGCUGGAGCCUCUGCGUGAAGGACCUGGCAACCUUGUUUGCAUUCAACAUCGUCUUGUGGCGUGCGAGAUGAAAUUAAGAGGUCACAUUAAUAACCGACCUUGAUCAGAAGUUUUGUAGGACUAUUUUAUCGAGAUGUACACGAACUUCUGUUAAUUUUUGAAGAAAUGUAAUAUGUUACCUCAUAAAUCAGUGAUAUAUAUUAUUUAUUCAAGCUAUCAUGCAAUACAUCAAUUCUUGUAGAUAAA